AUGUCUGCCAAUCAAGGUUUGGUAUCUGUUUCCUCAAUGGAUGACUUACAGAAAUACAAGAAGGCUGGGCAAGACGACAUGAGGACGCGUCGACGCAGUGUGCACAGCAUCGAGACUCGGGAGUUUUCCAGCACGAGACCGACCUCCUGUGAUGGUGCCGAUGGUAAACAGGUUCGCCCCGUGCAGACCAGCUCGCACUCGCGCAACGGAAGUUCGGAGAGUGUUGCGUCAACCCGCAGCAGCCAUUCCAGACGCUCAUCUGCGACCAACCGUAACUUGUAUACUACCCCCGCAAGCAACCCCUCUUUGCCUGGCAGUGAUGAAACGGCAGCAAAGAAUGAGCAGCAGAAGAUGCUCAGUGUCCCUCCUCGAGGCUCCUCGUCUGACGUUGUCAAGCGCAGCCACAGCCCCUCACCUCUGUCCAAACCGGCAACAAUGGCAAAUGAGGCCGCUGAAGACUCGGCGUCAGCGCCUGGCGCCUCGAGCAACUCCGAGUCACCUGCCGCGAAGCAACUGUCUGCACUGAACCAGAAGGGAGGCAAAGCAAAAAGCAAAACUUCGAGACUACGAAGAGCGUUCUCAUUUGGUAGUGCUGCCGAAUUCCGAAAGGCUGCGGAAGAGGCAGAUAAGGCUGAACCAUCCAAGCUUCAUAAAGAAUGCACCGCAGAGGAAGCCUACGAUGCGGAGCAGGCACGUAUUGCCCGGGCACAAGAGGCUGGUGGCAUUGGAAACAGCAUUUAUGGCGGAAGAUUCUUUGGAUCUACGGAUAACCUUUCCAUCUCCUCUACUGCUUCGUCUGCGUCAAUUAUGAUUCGAAAGAUGGGUCGAGGUAUGAAGAAGAGCACCCGAUCGCUUGUUGGUCUCUUCAGACCAAAGUCAGUUGUAGGCGUUCCUGCUGCUGAACCACUUGCACCGGAGGCUAGCCAAGCAACCGUUUCAAUGAUCACAGCCGAGGCUGAAGCACAACUUGUGAACGUCACGGCAGACCCUCAUGCUGCAAACGGAGGUACUGGAUUUCCGCGCCUCGAGCGGAACUCGAUUGACGCUGCUCACGCGCAAGAGAUUGGCGAUGAACCACUGGGUAGCUCUGGAGGAGAGCAGCGUAAGAGCAUUGUUGGUGGGGAUAAGGAACGUGCCGAAGUGCUUGCUGCAGUGAGAAAGGGUAUUUUGAAGCGACCUGGAAGUCCUUCAGUGAGACCCACGGAUGGGUGUCCCUCCCCAGACCUAGUCCUCCCCAACAUCCCGACCAUCGCCGACUCCCCAAUUUCGAGUGCGCCUAGCACGCCCAAUGACGAGACUCUUGGUCAUAAGAGGAUCGGCUCGAUUGCCAUUGGCAGCGAAGAUUACUUCAUGUCCGCUUUGCGCCUUCGCCAAGACAGCCAGUCGGGGACACCGUCUGCCAAGCGAAAUGCGACGUUCUCGCCUCGCAUCAUCUUCUAUGACACGUGGCCCAGUCAGGAGUACGAUCGCCGUGGAGAAAUUGCCACUUGCAAUCGACUCACGCCUUUGCUUGCACAGCAGAUUAAGGAGGAACUCAACUCGUUCAAGAUGGAAAUGGAGGUGCAUGAGAACUCCAAGAUCUACACCCACUUCUUCUGA